ACAGGCGCUCUUUGGGCUCAGUCGUAAGCGGGGUCUUGAGCGGAGUUGAAGCGAGGAUUGCUGUUAGCAACAUGAUGGCGGCUUGCCCCACUACGCAGGUUUUGUCUCUCUAUCGGAUGCUUUUGCGAGAAAGCAGCAACUUCACCUCCUACAAUUACAGGACCUAUGCAAUGCGGAGGGUGCGCGAUGCCUUCAGGGCCAACAGGAAAGUAGAGGACCCCAAAAGGGUGGAGACGCUGUUGCUGGACGGCUGGCAGUCGCUGGCACUGAUAAAGAGACAGGUGACCAUUGGCGGUAUGUUCCAGACCCAGAAGACGGUGAUGGAGUAGCACGCAGGUGGAGGAUGGGGACCUGACAUCACAGCCAAUCAGCACUUCCUGCUUCUGAGGUGGGAGGGGCCUUGUGGGAGCGUACUUCAGAGGGUUCAGAAGAUCUAUUGUGAAUGUUGUAUAUUAUUUAAUAGCAAAUAAAAUGAGUGACACAAGUGAAAAGA